CGCUCCUCUUUUUUUUUUUCCCUCCUCAUUCAGAGCCCCGGGUGUCUCCCGGCCCUCAUUGGCCGCCCGGCUCGGUGGGGCGGAGCUGAGGCGCCUGCAAAAGGAGGAAAAGAAAAAAAAAAAGGGAGGAAAAAAAAAAAUAAAAAAAAAAAAGGAGACCGAGAGAGGAGAGGGAGGGAAAAAAAAAAGGGGGAGAAAACUGUAAGUGCGUAAAAAAGUUCUCGCCGUGGUGACGGAUGCUCAAAAGUUCAGGAGUUUUUCCGAUGCUUCCCAAAGCAGCCUGCGACUGAAAAAGAGACUGAAAAAAAGCGAGAGGGAGAGAGAGAGGGAGACUUUGCGCUGGGAGACCGGGAAGACAACUUGUUGCAGAUCCCCGUGGAACAAGGAACUGGGAGCGUGGGAGCCUCUUUGCAAAGGUUUUAUUUUCUUAAUACUCUUUCUGCGUUUGGAAGUUGCUUUCUUCGCUGCGAUUACUUUUUUUUUUUACCCGAUUUCUUUUAAAAACCAUUUUUUCCCCUUUUCCUCCCCCCUCCUUUUUCCCCCCCUUUUUUGACUUUUUUCCCCCCUCCGCGCGGAGUGCGGGAGCUGCCGGUGGGCUUUCCCGGGCGAAAAAGAGGAGACGUUCGGCGCUGCCGUCGUUAUUCUUCCUCCCUUUUUCCGCGCUCCGCCGGGGGGGUGGGGGGGUGGGGGUUGCCCGGCCGCCCGGUCCAGCUCGGUCCGCGGAGCGGCGGAGGGGUGGAGGGGGAAGGGACGCGCUGUUUGGUCCGGCGGGGAGGGUGGGGGAAAACUGACGGGAGGACAUGCAGGCUCGCUACUCCGUGUCCAGCCCCAACUCCCUGGGAGUGGUGCCGUACCUCGGCGGAGAGCAGAGUUACUACCGCGCCGCCGCAGCGGCGGCCGGCGGGGGCUAUACGGCCAUGCCGGCCCCGAUGAGCAUGUACUCCCACCCGGCCCACGAGCAGUACCCGGCCGGCAUGGCCCGCGCCUACGGGCCCUACACGCCUCCGCCGCAGCCCAAGGAUAUGGUGAAGCCGCCGUACAGCUACAUCGCCCUCAUCACCAUGGCCAUCCAGAACGCUCCCGAUAAGAAGAUCACCUUGAACGGGAUCUACCAGUUCAUCAUGGAGCGGUUCCCUUUCUACCGGGACAACAAGCAGGGCUGGCAGAACAGCAUCCGCCACAACCUCUCCCUCAAUGAGUGCUUCGUCAAGGUGCCCCGAGACGACAAGAAGCCCGGUAAGGGCAGCUACUGGACCCUCGACCCCGACUCCUACAACAUGUUCGAGAACGGCAGCUUCCUUCGCCGUCGCCGCCGUUUCAAGAAGAAGGACGCCGUCAAGGACAAGGAGGAGAAGGACCGCCUGCACCUCAAGGACCAUGCCCCGCCGCGCCCGCCGCCGCCCGCCGCCGAGCCCGAGGGCGGCCCCGCCGGAGGCAGCGCCGCGCCGCCGCCGCCCCCCGUCCGCAUCCAGGACAUCAAGACGGAGAACGGUACGGCCUCGCCGCCGCAGGCCGUGUCCCCCCCCGGCGCCGCGCCGCCGCUCGGCGCCGUGCCCAAGAUCGAGAGCCCCGACAGCAGCAGCAGCCUCUCCAGCGGCGGCAGCCCUCGCAGCACCCUCCCCUCUAGCCGCUCCCUCAGCCUGGAGGCCCCCGAGCCGCCGCCGCCGCCGCCGCCUCCGCCGCCCCACCACCACGGCCCGGGCUUCAGCGUGGACAACAUCAUGACCUCGCUACGAGGCUCGCCGCAGGCCUCCUCUGAGCUGGGCGCCGGCCUCCUGGCCCCCGCCGCAGCCGCCCCGCGCACCGGCAUCCCGCCCGCCCUCUCCCUCGGCGGCUACUCGCCGGGCCACAGCUCAGUCUACGGCUCGCCCUGCGGUCAGGCUGCCGCCGGCGCCGCCACCGGCACCUACCACUGCAACAUGCAGGCCAUGAGCCUUUACGCGGCGGCGGGAGCCUCCGACCGACCCGGCCACCUGCCCGCCUCCGCCGCCAGCCCCGCCGAGGACCCGCUACCCGAUUAUGCUAUGCCCACGGGCGGCGGCGGCGGCGGCGGGGCGGGGGGCAGCGGCGGUGGCGGGGCGCUGGGGCACGGCGGGCUGGGCGGCGCGGCGGGCGGCCACCAGGAGGGGCACCACCCGCACCCGCACCAGGGCCGCCUGGCCUCCUGGUACCUCAACCAGGCGGCGGCAGCGGCGGCGGCAGCGGCGGCGGCGGCAGGGGAGCUGGGCCCGCUGGCGGGCGCGGCGGGCUACGCGGGGCCGCAGCAGGGCUUCGCCGCCGCCCCGCGGGAGGUCUUCGAGGCGCCGCGGCUGGGCCUCAGCGCCUCGCCGGGCGGCGGCGGCGGCGGUGGCGGUGGGGCGGGGGGCGGCGGCGGCGGCGGGGCAGGGGGCGGCGGCAGCUGUCAAAUGGCCUUCCCGGGCAGCCAGCCGCUCUACCGCACCUCCGGGGCCUUCGUCUACGACUGCGGCAAGUUCUGAGCGGGCCCCGCCACGGGAAGACCGCGUGGAUUGCGCGCAGCACCGCGCCGCCCGGCCCCGCCGCGCCCGCAGAGGGAAGCGGGAGAACGAGAAAAGCUUUUGUACAGAGGCAGCCCCAAAUCAUGUCUUGGUUUGUUAAAGGACAGUGUUACUCCAAUAACACGUAAGUUUUGUUUGUUUUGUUUUUUUAAUUGCUUUGAGAAGUACUUUUUUCCCGCACCCCUUCCCCUUCUCCAUCUAUUAAGGUAUUGCCAUGCCCCGUGUUUAAAAGGGGGCGAAAAGUCCAGCGUAGAGUACCAACUCCCCCCCCCCCUUCCUCUUCUACAAGGACUUGUUUUAAAAUGUAAAUUGCGACAUAGUAAUUUAUUUUUAAUUUGUAGUUGGAUGUUGCGGACCAAACGCCAGAAAGUGUUUCCCCCUUCCAUGAAAAGUGACUUUAAAAUUGACUGAAACGCUGAUUUUUUUUUUUCACUAUAUAUAAAAAGGGAAACUGUAUUAAUCUUAUUCUAUCAAUAUUUUUCCUUUUUUUGUUGAAAAUAUUCUGAAGGUAUUGCAUUGUUUGUUUAUUAAUAAAUUACCAUUCAGUUGGAAUGAUCCUUUACACGUCUGUAUAUUUUAAUAAUUUCAUUUAGACAGAGGCAGAGACAGAAAGAGAGGGAAAAGGGAUUUUAUAACUAACUUUGUCUCUGGAACAGCUCGUUCCCCUCCGCACAAAUUCCAAAGACCAUUUAGGAACUGCCAGGUCGAAAAAUCCCUUUUCAGUCUCUUCUGCAAUAUGUUCCACUUAGUCAGCUCGCCUUAUCCGCUAGGAAAAAAAGACUUUCCCAUGGCAGCUCUGAGUUGGCAAAUAAACAAACACGUUUUCUUAGCAAUUAAUGGGCAAGACCUGGAAACAUUUGACCAUGCACAGUAGUAUGACAACAUUACGGCUUUUUAAAUAAUACGCCUGUGUAAGGCUAGAUGAAGCGGUAACUCCUAGGUAGAAGUACAUGCACUACCUUCCUGCCCUUGUGUAAUAACUGUGUAUAUAUCGAGCUAUCGAUCUCUGUGUAUUUCAAAUGUAUUUAUAUGUAAGAUUUACAUAUGUUAUCUAUAUUUAAAGAAGGAUUGCAUAUUUAUUUAUAGCUACGUAUAGGCGUUGCAUAUGUUUCUAAACUCCACAGUGUAUAGUAGAUGGCAGAUACAGUACGUAUAUUCUUAAAUGCAAUGUAAGCGUAUAAAUCACUGCUUCCUAGAAUCGAUAGCAAUGCGCACAGUCACAUCCGUGAAGCCGCUUCUGUAACAGAUGUUUUUUAAGAACUAUUUUAUUUCAGGAUAGGAACCUGCUCAUACAGUUUACCCUCACACCAUUAUAGCUCUGCUUUACUCCUGUCCUAUAAGGACAUUACUGGUCUGUUGGAAGUGCCCUGAUUGCUGGAGCUGAAAUUAUUUUAGAAAGAGGUUGUGUGGGAGAAUUCUUCGUAUUUCUUGUACAGUUUUGUUUGUUCGUUUUGCUUUUUUUUUUGUUUAUUAUUAUUUUGGUCUUAAUCCCUCACCUUUUUUUUUUUUUUCUGAAAUUGGAGGGAAAAAGGAAAAUAUUACCAGGGUAGCAGAUGAGUGCUGCACAGACUGACGUCUUGUCAGAUCAAGAAUCUCACCUCCUGGACAAUUUGCAAUUAAGAACCUACGGGCAAUGGGGAUCACCUUCCCCCUUUGUAAAUAACCACCAAAAUGCAAUAAAUUCAUUAACUUGAAAGAA